CUGCAAGUAAAACACACUUUUGUUUGCAGCAACCAUGAAAUUCCUGCUGAUCGUCGCUUCCGUCGUCGCCGUGGCCGUCGCUGGCCCGACCCGCGCUCUGGUCACCCCCGGUGGUGGCUCCGCGCCCAUCGUCGAUGCUCCCAUCUCCGUUGGACCCGCCCUGAUUGAGAGCCCCAUCUCCGUUGGACCCGCCCUGAUUGAGAGCCCCAUCUCCGUUGGACCCGCCCUGAUUGAGAGCCCCAUCUCCGUUGGACCCGCCCUGAUUGAGAGCCCCAUCUCCGCUGGACCCGCCCUGAUUGAGAGCCCCAUCUCCGUUGGACCCGCCCUGGUUGAGAGCCCCAUCGUUGAGAGCCCCGUCGUCGUCGACACCCCCAUCGUUGAGAGCCCCGUGGUUGUCGACACCCCCAUCGUUGAGAGCCCCGUGUUCGCUGAGCUCCCCAUCAUUGUGGAUGCCCCCGUCGUCGUCGAUGCCCCGAUCAUCGCUGAGAGCCCCGUCUUCGCUGAGCUCCCCAUUGUUGUCGAAUCUCCCAUCGUGGACGCCAGCCCCGCUGUUGUUGCUCCCAUCGUCGAUGCUGAGACUGUCGCCUCCGCCACCGCUCCUCUGGUCCAGAUCAUCCUGAACAUCAACAAUGUCGCCGCCGAGAGCCCCGCCGUCAUCGUGCCCGAGUCCCCCGCCAUCGUGCCCUCUCCCGUCAUCGUCGAGGAGUCUCCCGUCGUCGCUGAGCUCCCCAUCGUGGUCGACGCUCCCAUCGUGGCCCCUGAGCCCGUCCAGAUCGUGGACGCCCCCAUCCAGGCCCCCAUCAUCGUGCCCGCCCCCGUCGUGAUCGAGCCCCAGCCCAUCGAGCUGCCCACCCCCGUGCUCCCCGCUCCCGUCGAGGUCGCCCCGGUGAUCACUCUCCCCGACAUCCUUAACUAAGCAAAGCACAGCAGAGUUGUUGUUUUGGUUGAAAAGUGUUACAUCCUUUUACCUUGCCGCAGUGGCUAUAAACUGUGCCGAGUGAUACUAUUUUGAAUAAACACUUUAAUUUGUA